UGCUUAAAUCAUCUCCAUCUCCGAAAACAUUCCCAUUUAUUUUAAUAUUUUCUGCCAAAUUUCUCACGUGGGUUUUGUUUCUAUUCUCUGAUCUUGAAAAAAGAAUAAGGAACGGAACUUGAAAUUUGUGAUUUUUCUCCCUUCUCUGAUUUGGGUUUUCUCUACCUUGAUUUAGAUGGGAUAAGGAAAAUUCAUGCUUUGAAUUGUUUUCCUUUGAUUUGUUGGGAUUUGGCCGAAAUUGAAAGAAAAAAGAUACUGAGAGAAGAUCAGAAAUGGUUCAAAUGGCUUCUUCUCCAGGUUCUCCCGUCACCAUUAGAGUUUCUUCAGAAGGAAAAGGAGGUUCCAGAAGCAUAGGGCUGACAAGCCCCAUCCGGCGUUUGUCAAUGUCAAACAACCCGAAUUCCCCUCUCGGCAGCGUUUCAAACCGUGCUUCGAGCGGCGGACGGUACUGCUCUACCGUGAAAGAUGAGGCGAUGGAACUGAGUACGGAGUUUGUCAGCUACACCGUCCAUAUACCUCCGACCCCAGAUCAUCAACCGGUCUCCGCCUCUCUAAACAGCCUCCCUGAUGAUUCAUCCAAGGAUGGUGGGAAACCUGAAAGGAGUUACAUUUCUGGAACGAUUUUCACUGGGGGAUUCAACUCAGUGACGAGGGGCCAUGUCAUCGAGCGCUCGAACGAAGAGCCCGCGACGGUGAAAUCAACUGGAAUGUUCUGUGGAAUGAGGGGCUGUGAUGGAAAGGUAAUUCAGAGGUUGCCAUGCGAGUGCAGUUUCAGGAUUUGCAAGGAUUGUUAUUUGGAUUGCGUCAGGAAUGGAGGGAAAUGUCCUGGUUGCAAGGAAAUGUACAGAGAUGCAAGUGAUGAAGAAGGACAAUCUGGGUCAGAAGAAGAUGAUCAGGCUCUUCCAUUGCCUUCCAUGGCUGAAUUCAAAUUAGACAAACGGCUUUCGCUGGUGAAAUCAUUCAAAGCUCCAAAUCAUCCCCAGGAUUUUGACCACACUCGAUGGUUGUAUGAGACGAAGGGGACUUACGGAUAUGGAAAUGCAGUUUGGCCGAAGGACGGAUAUGGUGGUGCUGUGGGGAUUAAUGGGUUUGAAGACCCUCCAGAUUUCGGAGAAAAAACCAGGCGGCCUUUGACAAGGAAGGUCGGGAUCUCCGCUGCAAUUCUCAGCCCAUACAGAUUGCUAAUGGUGGUUCGCCUCAUCGCCCUUGGCUUCUUUCUCACCUGGAGAAUUCUACACCCGAACCAUGAUGCAAUGUGGCUGUGGGGAAUGUCUAUAACGUGUGAGCUUUGGUUCGCCUUUUCAUGGCUUCUUGACCAACUUCCAAAGCUCUGUCCUGUAAACAGGGUAACUGACCUCUCUGUUCUGAAAGACCGAUUCGAGUCUCCAAGCCUUCGGAAUCCCAAGGGAAGAUCUGAUCUUCCGGGCAUUGACGUCUUUGUCUCCACAGCAGACCCUGAAAAAGAACCUCCUCUGGUCACCUCGAACACAAUUCUUUCAAUCCUUGCUGUUGAUUAUCCUGUUGAAAAGCUUGCAUGUUACUUAUCUGAUGAUGGUGGGUCCCUCCUCACAUUCGAGGCCCUUGCUGAGACAGCAAGCUUUGCGAGAAUUUGGGUGCCAUUCUGCAGAAAACAUGCGAUCGAACCGAGGAACCCAGAAGCAUAUUUCAGUCAGAAACGUGAUUUCCUCAAGAACAAGGUCAGGUUGGAUUUUGUUCGGGAGAGGCGAAGGGUUAAAAGAGAAUAUGACGAGUUUAAGGUGAGGAUCAAUUCCCUGCCUGACUCAAUUAGGAGACGAUCAGAUGCAUAUAAUGCCCAUGAGGAGCUGCGGGCGAAGAAGAAACAGAUGGAAAUGGGAGGCAAUCUUUCCGAACCAAUCAAGGUUCCGAAGGCUACAUGGAUGUCGGAUGGGGCCCAUUGGCCAGGAACAUGGUCUUCUGCUGAGGCAGAGCAUUCGAGAGGCGAUCACGCUGGUAUAAUACAGGCAAUGCUAGCUCCCCCAAAUUCAGAACCUGUAAUUGGCAAAGAGGCAGACGACAUGAAUCUCAUCGACACCACGCAAGUGGACAUCAGAUUGCCGAUGCUGGUCUACGUCUCGAGAGAGAAGAGGCCUGGCUAUGAUCACAACAAGAAAGCUGGAGCAAUGAAUGCUCUGGUUCGAACCAGCGCUAUCAUGUCAAAUGGCCCAUUUAUUCUCAAUCUCGACUGCGACCACUACAUCAACAACUGCUUAGCUCUGAGAGAAGGAAUGUGUUUCAUGCUUGAUAGGGGUGGGGAUAGGAUCUGUUAUGUGCAAUUCCCACAGCGAUUUGAGGGCAUUGAUCCAAACGACAGGUAUGCGAACCACAACACUGUGUUCUUCGACGUGAGCAUGCGGGCAUUGGAUGGGCUGCAAGGUCCCAUGUAUGUUGGAACGGGCUGCGUUUUCAGGAGAACAGCCUUGUAUGGUUUCAGUCCGCCAAGAACGACAGAACAUAGAGGGUGGUUUGGCAGAAGAAAAGUCAAGCUGUUUUUGAGAAAGGCCAAGUCAUCAAAGAGCGAUUUGGAUGAAACAUCAUUGCCAUUGAAUGGCAAUGAUGGGGAUGGGGAUAUUGAAUCCCUCCUUCUCCCAAAGAGGUUUGGAAGCUCAACUACUUUUGUAGCAUCCAUCCCUGUGGCAGAAUACCAAGGAAGGCUGCUUCAAGAUCUUCAAGGGGUUAAACAAGGGCGGCCUGCAGGUUCUCUUGCAGUUCCACGAGAGCCGUUGGAUGCAGCAACGGUCGCAGAGGCGAUAAGUGUCAUAUCUUGCUUCUAUGAAGACAGAACUGAAUGGGGCCAAAGGGUGGGUUGGAUCUAUGGCUCUGUCACGGAAGAUGUUGUCACGGGUUACAGAAUGCAUAAUAGAGGGUGGCGAUCGGUGUACUGUGUCACCAGGCGGGAUGCAUUUAGAGGUACGGCUCCCAUCAAUCUAACAGACCGGCUGCACCAAGUCCUUCGAUGGGCAACCGGGUCUGUUGAGAUUUUCUUCUCCCGGAACAAUGCACUCUUUGCCAGCCACCGGAUGAAAUUUCUGCAAAGGGUGGCCUACUUCAAUGUUGGGAUAUACCCAUUCACGUCGAUCUUCCUACUAGUCUACUGCAUUCUACCUGCUGUCUCUCUCUUCACGGGGCAGUUCAUAGUACAGUCGCUAAGUGUGACGUUUCUCACCUUCUUGUUGAUAAUCACGGUCACCUUAUGCUUGCUCGCCAUCCUUGAGAUAAGGUGGUCUGGGAUCACAUUGCAUGACUGGUGGCGAAAUGAGCAGUUCUGGCUGAUUGGUGGGACCAGCGCCCAUCCCACUGCUGUAUUGCAAGGAUUGUUGAAGGUGAUUGCUGGCGUGGAUAUCUCAUUCAACUUGACAUCGAAAUCCGCAGCUGAUGACAACGACGAUGAAUUCGCAGAGCUUUAUGUUGUGAAGUGGAGCUUCUUGAUGGUCCCACCGAUCACCAUAAUGAUGGUCAACAUGAUCGCCAUCGCUGUGGGGGUGGCCCGGACAAUGUACAGCACGUUUCCGCAGUGGAGCAAGCUUGUUGGUGGGGUGUUCUUCAGCUUCUGGGUGCUGUGUCAUAUGUACCCAUUCGCGAAAGGGCUGAUGGGGAGGAGGGGGAAGAUCCCCACCAUAAUCUAUGUGUGGUCUGGACUGCUCUCAAUCGUCAUUUCCUUGCUUUGGGUGUAUAUAAGCCCUCCUGGUGGGAGGAAUGACUACAUGAAGUUCCAGUUCCCAUGAACUGACAAGCGGCAGCAACUAUACAAUGCACACGAAUUCCAGUUCAUGUAAUUGUUCACUUUCUUUCUUUUUCUUUUUGUUCAUUGGAAUUUAUUUGUUUUUGGGUGUCGUGAUUGAAUUUUUUUCUGAACUCCUCUCUGCAACAUACAUGAAAUUCCAGUUCAUGUAGUGAGUUGUAUCUUUGGCCAUCGUCAUGUUAGUAGUUUACUUUCUUUUGAUUCCAGUUUAUGUAGUUGAUUUGUAUCUUAGGCCCAUCAACAUGCUAGUAGUUUUCUUUCUUGUGAUUGAAUUUGAGUACAUGUAGUUGGUUUUCUA